AAUUAUCGCUGCAUCACCUCUAACUUGACAAUCUUCAAAUUUCGCGAUUUGUCGAGGACACAGUCACAGUGAGUCGCCUUCAGGAGUACGAGGUCAUUGGCCGCCACUUGCCCACCGAGGCCAACCCUACCCCUUCCAUGUACCGGAUGACCAUCUUCGCCCCUAACGAGACGGUCGCCAAGUCCCGUUACUGGUACUUCUUGCGUGGUCUCAAGAAGGUCAAGAAGGCCACCGGUGAGAUCGUCAGCAUCAAGGCGAUCCACGAGAAGCACCCCGAGAAGGUCAAGAACUUCGGUAUCUGGCUGCGAUACGACUCUCGCUCUGGCACUCACAACAUGUACAAGGAGUACAGAGAGCUGACCAGAACCGAUGCUGUCGAGUCCCUGUACUCCGACAUGGCUGCUCGCCACCGUGCUCGUUUCAGGUCCAUCCACAUCCUCCGUGUUGUUGAGAUCGAGAAGACUGCCGACAUCAAGCGCCCCUACAUCAAGCAGCUGGUUACCAAGAGCCUGAAGUUCCCUCUCCCCCACCGCAUCACCAAGACCAGCACCCAGAAGCUGUUCAGCGCGAAGCGACCAUCCACUUUCGCUUAGAUGUGUUAUUGGUUUUGAGGACGGUUGGGCUAGGUUCUGCGGGUGUUUACAACGGAUCAUGGAAAUAUCACUGCAUUUGCUCGUUAAGAAGAGCAUUGAAUGAACCAAAAAAUUCUGAACACGGAGUAGAUUUUAUGACGCAAGAAAUGUGAAUGUCUCUAUGUUUUUUGUACAGCGUCCCGUGUUCAUGGCUGGGGAGGCACCACUGAUUCAACCGAGACGUGAAUCGGUGUCAACCUGAUAAUUCAAUGGGGGAAAAAAGCAGGUGGAAACUCGGCAAGUCGAAUUAUCGAGUUCAGGCUGCACAAUACAAAACAAUUGAGCUUUC